AAAUAAAUUGCAGGGAGAAGAAAUAAAGGAGCCCUCUUGCACCUCUCCUUCUUCCCAAGAAUUUUGUUACCCAAAAAAGAUUAAAAAAAACCAGGAGCCCUUUCUUUUUCUUUCACUUCAAAUGCAUAUAACCAAAAAUACCCACAUUUCACAAUCUUAAAUUUAGUCCUAGGCUAGAAAAAAACACACACAAAUACACACACUUAUACAAUUUUCAUGUAGAGAGAGAUAAAGAAAGGAGCCUCAUUUCUGAUUCACUCCAAUCAAGUUCCAAGCUUUCUUCUUAUCCAAUCAGUCUUUUUUUCUGCAUCUGGGAGUAAUGGGGUCUGCAUAAUUUAUUGAGGAUUUGUUGUGACAGAAAAAGGGCAUUUUUGAUAUAAUUAGACUGUAUUCUCAUUAAUACAUCUAGUUUAUUGACUAUUGAUUUUUGAAGGUUGAUAAGAUUUUCUGGGAGUUGGGGUUUCCUUUUAUGAGCUUUUGUGGUUAAUUUUGACGGCUAUCGCAAAAAGGAUCAAGAGGAAAGUUUUUUUAAGAUUGAAAUAGUGGUAUUAUCUGAUUUUAAUCAAGAAAUUAUGUUGGAAGAAAGGUCUUGUCUGGUUUCGAGGAGGUUUUCAAGAAACUGUGACAAGGAAAACAGCUGGGCUUGCAUGAACUAUCGUAUAGAAAAAAUUGAAAUACAGCAGGGGAAGCGACUUUUAGAAUCCGAUGGAGAUGAAGAGGAAGGACCUAGAAAGCUGCCUAAGCAACUGGAUGCUUGUGAAGACUCAAAUUUAGCUCCAAGAUCGCAAGAACUUGCAAUGAUCCCCACUGACCAAUCUGGUAAUCAACGUCAUGCUGGCGAUCAUUCGGAUUCAAGUUCUCUUAUUCAUGCCAUAGGCCGUGACAACUCAAUCAGUGCACUCAUUAGGUCCUCAAGAUCUGAUUAUGGCUCUUUAGCAUCUUUAAACAGAAGCUUUCGUGAGCUCAUUCGAAGUGGUGAGCUUUAUAGACUCAGACGACAAAAUGGUGUGAUUGAACACUGGGUUUAUUUUUCUUGUCAACUACUUGGGUGGGAAGCUUUUGAUCCUACAAGUCGCCGUUGGAUGCGACUACCAACUAUGACUUCAGAUGAAUGCUUUAUGUUCUCUGAUAAGGAAUCUCUUGCCGUAGGCACUGAGCUUCUUGUGUUUGGCAAAGUCUUUUUGUCCCUUUUCAUAUUUCGAUACAGUGUAUUGACCAACACGUGGUCAUCUGGGAUGAAUAUGAAUUUUCCAAGAUGCUUGUUUGGGUCUGCUAGUGUUGGGGAGAUUGCUAUUUUAGCCGGCGGUUGUGAUUUAUCUGGAAACACCUUGAGUGUUGCGGAGCUUUAUAAUUCUGAGCUAGGAGCUUGGGAAACACUCCCAAACAUGAAUAAAACGCGGAAAAUGUGUUCAGCUGUAUUUAUGGAUGGGAAAUUUUAUGUGAUUGGGGGAAUUGGAGGCAGUGAGUCAAGGCUUCUUACUUGCGGGGAGGAAUAUAAUUUACAAACUAGAGUUUGGACUGAAAUCCCUAACAUGUCUCCUGUGAGGAGUCGUCCAGACAGUGAGGCUGGGAUGCCUGUUACAGCUGAGGCUCCCCCACUCGUGGCUGUGGUAGACAAUGAGUUGUAUGCAGCGGAUUAUGCGGAGAUGGAAGUCCGGAAGUAUGAUAAAAAUAGAAGAAUCUGGGAAACUGUUGGAAGGUUGCCUGAAAGAGCAGAUUCCAUGAAUGGAUGGGGCCUGGCAUUUAAGGCCUGUGGCGAUCGCCUUAUUGUUAUAGGGGGGCCUAGAGCAGCAGGCGAGGGAUUCAUAGAAAUCAAUGCAUGGGCUCCAAGAGAUGGACCCCCUCGAUGGAACUUGCUUGGGCGCAAGCAAUCUGGUAGUUUUGUAUACAAUUGUGCAGUGAUGGGAUGCUGAAUGUUAUGAACUUCACAGGUAACAUUUGCACUUUUUGCUGCAUUCUGCGGAGUGGGCUCUGCAAGGUUGGUUUCUACAUAAGCACAAGAUUCUUGCUAAUCAGUAAUUAAUCCCAAAUUGUUGUUCUUGUAUCUUAGUUGUUUUUUCUUUGACUUAUUGUUGUCUUUUCGAGUGGAAGAUGAGAGGAUAUCACAUUUACUCAAGAUUUGACAGAAUGUUUUUUUACCAAAGAGUUCUUGAGUUAAUUAAAUUCAGUAUAUUUUAUCUUC